CAGCUAGAGGUCGAGGUGCGAGGUGCGCCACAGUGCCAAUGAUAUCAAAGCCGCAGAGCAGCUACUCCAGGUGGUACCACAUGCUGGGUAUCACCACAAACGAACUGAAGAGAGUCAGUCAAUGACAAUUAGGUAGCGAGGAAGCAAAGAAACCAUGACGAGAGGGAUUGCUACCGGUACCGCCUUGGCGUGGGCUCUGUUGUUGAUUCCGACAUGGAUCUCGGCACUGCACAAUGAUGAUCACCAAUCAGUGAGAAGUGGUUCCCAGAAGGGAAGAGCAUUGGAUGAGACAACAAAUGUUCCGACGGCCUAUGUACGCCUCGAGGGAGACUCGGUCCAAAUUGAUGGAUACGGUGCAUCUGCCGUUGGUAGCACUAUUACCAUCUUCGCAGCAGGUAUCUUCAGCAUCAGCGGAGUGUUGGAAGACGGCCAGAUUAGGGUCGAUGCGGGCAAGGACGAUAAAGUUGUCUUGGCCCUCAACGGGGCCAACAUUACGUCCUCCCAAAGUGCUCCCAUCUUUGUACUCAGUGCCGACAAGACCACUAUCUUUCUGGUUGAUGCUACGGAUAACGUUAUCUCCGAUCGAGAAUUUCAUGACACGCAAGACGAAGCCAAUGCUGCCAUUUAUAGCAAAGACGACCUGGAUAUUGACGGUAGUGGCACCUUACUCGUUCAGGCCAACUAUAAUCAUGGUAUUGUUUCUAACGACGAUCUCAAGAUCAAAGGAGGCAACAUUGUGAUUCAUGCGGUAAACGAUGGAAUGAAGGGAAAAGACUCCAUUCUAAUUCAGGAUGGAUCUUCCACUGAAGUAGUUGCUGGUGGGGACGGCUUGCAAUCCAGCAAGGAGGAUGAUGCAGACAAAGGAUUUGUGGAAAUCCAAGGUGGAAUUCUCAACAUUACUGCGACUUUCGAUGGGAUCCAAGCUGCUAGUAGUGUCACCAUUUUAGAUGGAAACAUUACCAUAGCAACUACAGGAGGAGGGGAAAGCAGAGAUUCCGCCAAAGGUAUCAAAGCACAAGUCAAUAUUGUCGUGGAGGAUGGGACCAUCCAAAUCGACUCGACAGAUGAUGCGAUUCAUGCUGAUGAGGACGUGACGAUCAAUGGUGGCCAUCUUCUCUUGGCAUCCGGCGAUGGUGCUGUACGAGGCGAUUCAUCUUUGAUUAUCAACGAUGGUCUGGUCAAAAUUAGUCAAUCCUAUGAGGGCCUGGCGGCUCCUUAUGUGACAAUUAACGGUGGCAACAUCCGCAUUCUGGCGAGCAACGAUGGGAUCAAUGCUGCCGGAGGAAACAAUGUUGCUUCAGAUCUUCCAGAUGCAGGAGGUCCUAUCGUUGGCCGGGGUCGGCCUUCCUGCAAUGUCUCCGAGGACUCGCUAUUGUCCAUCAACGGCGGCUAUGUCUACAUUGAUUCUGGUAAUGACGGAGACGGAAUUGACUCCAAUGGGCACAUCAACAUUACGGGCGGAACGCUCAUUGUAAAUGGACCUACUGAAUCAACGAGUGGCGCCCUGGACACGGAGGGGGUACUCAAGGUAUCGGGUGGGUUUUUGCUGGCAGUUGGAAGUGCUGAAAUGGCGCAAUCACCCAACAGCGCUGCAUCCACUCAACUGUCCAUCCGAUACAUUUUCGAUUCGGUUCAAGCAGCGGGGACCAUGAUUCACAUGGAAAACCCUCGGAGUGGCAUGGUCAUGUUUUCAUUCCUCCCCGCUAAAGAGUUCCAAUCUUUGGUCUUUUCGUCGCGUGAGCUCGUCAUCGGAGAAACCUACGACAUUUAUAUUGGAGGAUUCGUGGCGGACAGUCCUAGUCCUAGUAAGGAUGGGCUCUGGGGGAAAGGAACGUACCGACCUGGAACCCUGGUAGGAAACGCUUCACUUGAUGGCAUGGUGUACAACGAAUCGAAAAACCUUGGCUAUCAAAUAAGCUGUUCUUCUCCCCCAGAUGGCCAAGGCACAUCUUCUGGUGAAAGUGCAACCUCUUUGGAGAGUGAUACCGCAGCCAGCACUCAGUCAAACGAAUCAUCCAGCAGUAGCGUCCUGUCAGUAUGUCAUCUUGGCGCCGUAAUCUUGGCCGCGGCCCUCCUUUUGUUGUAACAUGUAAUUCUCUUGGAAAUAUCCUUGAUUUGCUUCCUGCAAGAGGCAACCUACACGUAGUUCAGGUCUCUAGGUGUCAUGAACGGAGUUCCAUUUUCAAUGUUUUGGUCUUUGUU